AUGAAAUACAUAUUCAAAGUUACGAUUUUUAAUAGUGGAGGUCCUAUGGUUUAAGCAUCAGUAAUAUAAGAAUUGUUUGUUAAUGAGCUUAAAUGGGUAGAUUAAGAAAUUUAUUAAGAAUUAGUUGCAGUAUGUUCUGUUAUACCAGGAAUAACUGUUUCUUAAAUAAUAAUUACUAUUGGAUCAUUAGUAACAAAUAAUGUUUAUGGAGGUUUAUUAGGAGGUAUAUUUUUUUUACUUCCAAGUGCUUUUCUAAUGACAAUUAUGGGAUAUUUAAAUAAUUACAUAAAUCCAACAAAAGAAAACAAUUAUUAAGUUGCUUGCGAAAUAAGUCUAAUAUUUAAGGGAUUUGCAUGUUGUUCAGUAGCAAUAGUAAUGCAAAAUUCCGUAAUGUAUUUAUAAUAUCAUAAUUUUGAUAAAAAAUGUUACUUUUUUAUACUUAUGAGUAUUAUUCUAUAUUUUUAAUACUAAAAACCUCUUUAUAUGGUUAUAAUUCUAAUUUUAGGAGGUUUUUUAGGAUAUGUAUUUUUUUCUGACUCUGUCACAAGGCCUAGUUUAGUCACAUAUGAAUCAGUUAUAUCUUCUACAGAAGAUAAACGCUUUUAAAACAAUGGCUUUUUAAAUAAAGGGUUAUAAUUAUAUGUAUUUAUUUUAAUAGGCUUGAUUUUAAUUUAGAUUAUGUUUAAUUCAGAGUUUAUAAAAUUUAUUUUUGAUUUCUUUUAUAUUGGCUCUGUAUAUUUUGGAGGAGGAUAUGUAGGAAUUUCACUAUUGGAUAUUUAAUUUACAAACCAAAAUAUUAAUUAAACCCAAUUUUAUAAUGGAUUUUCGGUUGCGUCUGCGAUUCCAGGUCCUGCUGUAAGUAGUAUAGCAAAUUAUAUUGGAACUUUAGAAUAUGGGUUUAUUGGUUCUAUUUUUGCCUUUACUUUUACAUUUUUGCCUACAUUUUUAUUUAUCUAAGGAUUUUUGCCUAUUUGGGGAUAAUAUAGAAAAGAUCCAUAAGUUCAAAGUAUUUUAAAGGGAGCAGAAUGUGUUUCGGUUGGAUUUGUUAUUGCGACUGCUAUUUAAAUAUGGAUUCAUAUUGGAUAAGGAGAUUUUAUAACAACAUCUUUACUCGUUUUUAUUACACUUGUUUUACUCGCUAUUUAUGAAGUACCGGCUCCUUAUGUAAUGUUGAUUAGUGGAACUUUGACUAUUUGUAGAUUUAUGACUUUACAUAAUUAUAGGGGAGUGGAAGAUGAAAGGAUAUGCUGA